CCGCUUGGCCUCAACCCCAAACAUAAACACCGGCCGUGUGGAAAAUAAAUUGAAUAGAUAUUCGUAUUAAAACAUUGAAUAGUACUUGGUGGUGACAUGGGCACCAAAACAGACCUCCCAGCUUCCUAUUAUGGCAACAUUGACGGAAAGAACCCAGUCGUACGGUCGUUUAAACAGGAGAUUAAUUCGUUUUUGGCGCUAAUGAAACGGAUUACUUCCUUACCCAUUCUGGAAAAUUGCGCAUACGCGAAAGGGGUUCAAACUCUGGUGGAAAUAUGGAAGAAGUACAAACCCCGUUUGCCGUUGGUUUUCUACUACGAACAUGUGGUGCAAACGGCAGAUUUUCUCCUUUCAUUGAAGCUGUACCACCUAGCCAUGUGGCAGGGCUACAGCCUCUCCCUGACGGACCUCACCCAGGUCAACGUAGGGGAGACCACCGACCUGGAGUGCUUCAGGGAGGCCUGCUUCCCCAUAGGCUUCCAGUCGGAACAGGCCCAGCUGAGGAUGAAGGUCCGUGCUCUGCUCGGCUAUGUCCAGUGUGUGUUGGAGCAAGAGAGGGCCGGCCGCGUCCUGACCCGGGAAGGUUUCCGCCAGCUGCUGCACAUGCUCCGACUCACCCGCCUCAUGAUGCAGGCCUGCCAGCCGUACGAGCACCUGAGCUGGCUUCUGUACAAUGGUUCACUGUGCGUGUACGACAUCUGUCGCUACCUGAUGAGUGCUAACUGCAGUGCGCAGGCCCUGGAGUUCCUGCUCUGGGCCAGCAUCUGUUUAGAACUGUCCGUCACCCUGGCGACCACAAAGUUCCUGCCCUGGAAAACAACCCUCUACUGCGCCGUCUGCCAGUGCCACUAUGACAGCGGCGCCCCCAGAAAGGCAGAGGCGUUUGCCAGGAGAGCUCUGGGGAAGGUGAACGAGCUGGCCAGGUUGGAGGAUGUAGAAUGUCACAACGGAGGUCCUCUCACUGCAGAUACUCAGAGGACCUAUAGAGAGGCUUGCAUCAAGGCAGGGCUCACGCACACACACACACACACACACACACACACACACACACACACACACACACACACACACACACACACACACACACACACACACACACACACACACACACACAAACACGUGCACCAAAACAAAUGUACACUUAGAAUCAGACGGACGUGCGCACACACUCACAUCGGCACAAACUUGUGA